ACCUUAUGCCAAAAAAUUGAAUAUAAACAAAAAGUUGCAGCUUCGGGUUUCCAAUUUUGUGUUUUGCAAUUUUACAACAAAGUGUCAUCAGAAUUUCAACGUUUGACCAUUGAACAUAAUUUUAAUUUAAUUUUGUAUUAAAGAUAACCAGUUAGUAAAACUACUUUAUAUUGAGUCAAGUAAUAAAUUGUGAAAAAUCAUGUUGCUGCGAAAUAUCGAACUGGAGAAAGCUGCCUGCAUGUUUGUAAAUUGGUAUGAACAGUUGAAGAAAAACACGAUAAAAUCAUUCAUCAUUCCGAUUCCUGAAAAUGUGCUUGCGUACCUUCGACAAGACCUGGUAAUUCUACCAAAGGAAUGCUCUAAUCUUCAAUCUGCGGAGGACACUAGAACCAAACACUUCAAUUCCUACGAAGAUCAGUUCAGUGAUGAGGAUAACGAGGAAGAUGAAGAUCUCCCAGAAUUCCCCGACUUCAGUACACAGCUUAUCGAAGCUAUCGAGAAACUAGGAGGGUCGGCGUUCGUGAAAAGUGAUUGGCACUGCCCUAAGGAUGCCCAAUGGAUCACCCUGGGGCAGACACUUUGCGUGAAAGAUAUCACCGACGUGUAUCAGUUGCUGAAGGCGUCCAGCUUUUGCAAGGAGGACUUUGCCGAAAGGCCACCCACCAAUACCACCGGUUAUCACAUCAUACUGAAGAAGUGGAGGGACAUUCAUCCGGGGUCGGAGUUUCGGUGCUUUGUAAAGAACAAAUCACUAGUAGCCAUUUCACCCAGACAUUGGCCUUCGUAUCACGAACAUAUCGCGGCUGAACGCAGUGACAUCGUCAGCGAUAUCGUUUCCUUGUUCAAAGAACGAAUCAAGAAAAGUUUUCCGUUGAAAGAUUACGUUUUCGACGUGUACCGUCCCACAAAAGACCACGUAGUCGUAUUGGACUUCUCCCUCUACGGAAAGGGCUAUUCCGACAGUUUGGCAUUUGAUUACGACCAACUAGAGACAGAGCUUGCCACGGCUACAAUCGAAGAGGAAGAUGACCCUGAGUUCAGAUACCUGCCGGAAGAUUGCGGCAUUCAACCGAACAGGAGAAAUAAUUACGGUUUCCCGCAGGAUGUCAUCGAUAUGUUUCAAACGGACGGGCCGUCCACAUCGUCAUCCAGUGGUGGUGCUGCUGAUGCCGACAGCAGCAAUCUCAUUAACAGGUUAAUGGAAGAGUGGCAAGUGCAGUCCAAGGAGGAUGACAGUGAUGAGAACAAUCAACAAGAAUGAAUUCGUUGGAAUAAAUUUGUUAAAUGAGUGUA